CCUGGGCUCCUCCUCCUCCGCUACUACGAAACCCUACCACGCGGCCCUCCGCUCAGGGACUCCCUCUUCGCCUCCCUCAUCCAACACCUCGGCCGCGCCCGCCUCCCCGACGACGCCCUCCGCCUCUUCCUCUCCAUCCCCUCCUUCCCCUGCGCCGACAAGUCCCCCUCCACCCACACCCUCAACUCCCUCCUCCACGCCCUCGUCGACAACGCCCGCCUCCCCGAGGCCCGGGCCCUGCUCGCCCGCUCCUCCUCCCAACAGCUCGGCCUCCGCCCCAACGCCGUCUCCUACAACGCCAUCCUCAAGGGGUGCUGCUCCUGCGCUUCCCACGGCGCCCUGGCGCGCGCCCGAGAGGUGCUCGACGAAAUGGCCCGCAGAGGCGUCCGCCCCUCGGCAGCCACCUACAACACACUCAUCGGGUGCGCGAUCCGGAGCAAGCAGUUGGACGCGGCGGUGCGGCUGAAGGAGGAGAUGGGGAGGAAGGGGGUGAGCCCCAACGCCGUCACCUACGCGAUCCUGAUGCGGGGGCUGUGCUCCGAGGGGCGAUUCGAGGCCGCAAAGAAGGUGAUGUUCGACAUGGAGUACCAGGGCUGCGCCGCGUCGGCGGUGAACUACGGGGUGCUGAUGAGCGACCGCGGCAGGAGAGGGGACGUGGCGGGGAUGACGGAGCUUCUCAGGGAGAUGAGGAGGAGGGGGAUGAAGCCGGACGCGGUGACCUACAGCAUCCUGAUCAAUUGCAUGUGCGCGGAGGGGAGGGUCGGUGACACCUACAAGGUGUUUGUGGAAAUGCAGAUGAAGGGGGAGUGCGAGCCGAGCGCGGUGACGUACCGCAUGCUGGUGGACGGGUGCUGCAGGGCCGGGGAGUUUUGAGAUGGGUUUAAGGAUUUCGACCGCAAUGUCGGCCACCAAGCACUGCCUACGCCCGGAGUCUUUCGAGCGUUUGAUAAGGGGACUCUGCCAAAUUGUUAAGGUCGACGACGCUUGCUUCGUUUUGGAGCAGAUGGAGAAGAUGAGCGUCGGUUUAGGCACCGAGGGAUGGGCUGCUCUGAUUGCGGCCGUUGGCGAGAGAAAUUGCAAUGCAGUGCAGCUUCUGCAUGAGGUGCUUGUAUGAAUUUUCCGCAGCGCUUGAUGGAGUGGGGAGAACUAUGGUUGUUGUAUAUAGAUUCAAUUUAUUCAAUCUUUCCGUUAAAUGACAAGAACUAGGAAAAAUUUUCUUUCUUUCUCAGAUCAGAUGGCCUGUGUAUAAUCUACUAUACAUGAUUGUUUUCUGUUCAAAAAGUAUUGGAUGUCGACUCACCGCCAUUGCCGCUCGUCAACUGGGGCUUGUUGUUCUCUGAUCAUCAGAUGCUCCAAACAUUAUCGCACUAUUCUGUUUAUUAA